AUGUCUAUGAACAAAACUGCUGCUAUCGAAGACAAAAAGAUAUCUCUAGAUAAAGAGAGUCAUAUUAAAUCUGUACAAGAAAGAAUAGCGAAAAUCCCUAUUUCAAAUUAUAGAAAUUUCAGUAUAGUGGCACAUGUGGAUCAUGGUAAAUCUACUUUAUCGGACAGGCUAUUGGAGUUGACUGGAGUUAUUCAACCUGGAGAUGCAAAUAAGCAGGUCUUGGAUAAACUAGAUGUUGAGAGAGAGAGAGGUAUUACGGUGAAAGCGCAAACAUGUUCUAUGUUCUAUGUUGAUCCAAAAACAAACGAAGACUAUUUAUUACAUUUAGUUGAUACCCCAGGUCAUGUAGAUUUUAGGGCUGAAGUUUCCAGAUCCUACGCAUCCUGUGGAGGGGCUCUUCUAUUAAUUGAUGCAUCUCAAGGUGUUCAAGCACAAACAGUAGCUAACUUUUACUUGGCUUAUAGUAUGGGCUUGAAAUUGAUUCCAGUGAUCAACAAAAUUGAUUUGGAUGCAGCAGACAUUCCGAGAGCAAUGGAUCAGGUUGAGACUACGUUCGAAUUACCUAGAGAAGACUGCAUUCCAGUAAGUGCUAAAACAGGCCUCAAUAUUGAAAAUAUAAUACCAUCAAUUAUUCAAAAUAUACCAGCACCUAGCGGUGAUGUUGAUAAACCUUUGAAGGCGUUAUUGGUUGAUUCAUGGCAUGACCCUUAUGUUGGGGUUGUUAUGUUGAUUCAUGUUGUUGACGGUGUAGUGAGAAAGGGAAUGAAAUUACUUUCUGCUCAUUCAGAAAAACGAUACGAUGUAAAGGAAGUAGGAAUUAUGUACCCCGAUAAAAUGCCAAUGGAUUGUGUAAAGGCUGGACAGGUGGCUUACAUUAUCCCAGGCAUGCGGAAUCCGAGAGAAGCUAUGAUUGGUGAUACCUUCUAUCAAUAUGGUAAACAUGAAGGAUUAGAGCCUCUUCCCGGAUUCGAAGAGCCAAAACCUAUGGUUUUUGUGGGUGCUUUUCCAGCAGAUGGAGGUGAGUUUAAAGUUAUGAAUGACCAUAUGGAAAAUUUGGUAUUAAAUGAUAGGUCUGUUACAUUAGAAAAGGAAACAUCAAAUGCGUUGGGUCUUGGAUGGAGAUUGGGCUUUUUGGGUUCACUUCAUGCUUCUGUGUUUAAAGAGCGGUUAGAAAAUGAAUACGGUGCAAAAAUCAUUUUAACAGCUCCUACUGUCCCAUAUAAAUUAGUCUAUAAAGAUGGAAAAGAAACUAUUGUGACUAAUCCCGAUGAAUUUCCUGGAGCAGAUUUUAGAAAUCAUAAUAUUGAAAUGUUAAUGGAACCGUAUGUUAAUGCUAUAAUGACUAUUCCGGAUGAAUAUAUUGGAACCGUAAUGUCACUUUGCGAGAACAAUCGAGGUAUUCAAAAAGAAUUGGAAUACUUAACUACUGGACAAGUGCUAUUGAAAUAUGAAAUUCCAUUAGCACAGUUGGUGGAAGAUUUUUUUGGUAAACUUAAAGGCUGUACAAAGGGGUAUGCUUCUUUGGACUACGAAGACUCAGGAUAUAAGAAGUCAGAUAUUGUCAAAAUGGAGCUAUGUGUAAAUGGAGAACCUCAAGAUGCAUUAACCCAAGUUAUGCAUAGGUCCCAGGUCCUAAGCAGAGGAAAGGAAUAUGUAACGAGAUUUAAAGAAUAUUUGAAGUUCCAAUUAUUUGAAGUGGCAAUUCAAGCAAAAGUCAACAAUAAAGUUGUAGCAAGAGAAACAAUUAAAGCUAAGAGAAAAGAUGUCACUCAGAAACUUCAUGCUGCUGAUAUAUCCAGAAGGAAGAAGUUAUUACUGAGACAAAAAGAGGGUAAGAAGCAAAUGAAAGCAUCCGGAAAGAUUAGUAUUAAUCAGGAAGCUUAUCAAGCCUUUUUACGUCGUGCUGACUGA